AUGGAUGUCGCACUAUCAUUACAGUACGCUAACUUUGCUAUUGGUGGUGUUCUUCGAGAUUCAACAAGAGGCUGGUUGUUUGGGUUUGUUAUGAAGGUCGGUGAAUCUAACAUUUUUCAAAUUAAAGCACGAGCUAUAUAUGAAGGACCCACUUUAGAUUGGAAGAAAGGGUUUUCCAAGGUUGUGAUCAAAAGUGACAACGCAUUGAAGAUUGAUAUAAUUGGGAAUGGUUAUGCAAUUGCUAAUAACAUUUUUGAGCUUCGUUUAAUACAUGAUUUAUGCAACCAAGUCUGGCUACUUAACUUUCGACAUGACCUGCGAGAGCUUAAUAGACUGGCAGAUUGCAUGGCCAAAGUUGUUCCUAGUGUUCGUAAAAAGUUAUUGGCUUUUGAAGCCCACAUGAUCAUGCUUGAUAUUUUUUUGAAGAAGAUGUUCAUCAAGCAAUGGUUAAUAUAG